GCAAAAACCAGUAAUUCCGAGGGAGAGUGAGCGGGCCGGGACCGGCCGAGCUGAGCCCACAUCUUCUUCCCUAGCUCGGGUGGGCAGGACAGGGGGUGCCGCAGGAUCCACGCAGCCAGAGCUAGUUUCUCGGGGUGCUUUGCACCCUGUUUUGUCUUCCCUUCUCCGGAAGGGUUUGUGCAGGGGUGGGGAAAAGAGACGCAAACACCAAAGUGGAAAACAGUUAAUGACCAGCCACAGAGUCCCUGGUGUGAGCUCCAGCCACUGCCUUCAGGGCUUCCGAGCUACACACAGGUCACUGUUGGUGCCAGCAGAGGUAUCAUGGCUUGUUGGCCUCAGUUGAGGUUGCUGCUGUGGAAGAACCUGACUUUCAGAAGAAGACAAACAUGUCAGCUGUUGCUGGAAGUGGCCUGGCCUCUAUUUAUCUUCUUUAUCCUGAUUUCUGUUCGGCUGAGCUACCCGCCCUAUGAACAACAUGAGUGCCACUUUCCAAAUAAAGCCAUGCCCUCUGCAGGAACGCUUCCUUGGGUUCAGGGGAUUAUCUGUAAUGCCAACAACCCCUGUUUCCGUUAUCCGACUCCUGGUGAGGCUCCUGGUGUUGUUGGAAACUUUAACAAGUCCAUUGUGUCUCGCCUGUUCUCAGAUGCUAAGAGGCUUCUUUUAUACAGCUACAAAGACACCAGUAUGAAGGACAUGCAUAAAGUUCUGAGAACAUUACGGCAAAUGAAGGAUUCUGGCUCAAGUUUGAAGCUUCAGGAUUUCCUGGUGGACAAUGAAACCUUCUCUGCAUUCCUGCAUCACAGUCUCUCUCUCCCAAGGCCUGCUGUGGACAGAAUGCUGCAGGCUGAUGUCAGUCUGCACAAGGUAUUUUUGCAAGGUUACCAGUUACAUUUGGCCGAUCUUUGCAAUUCAUCAAAAUUAGCAGAUGUGAUUCAAAUUGGUGACCCAGAAGUUUCUGAGCUUUGUGGUCUACCACGGGAGAAACUGGACGAAGCAGAGCGAGUGCUUCAUUCCAAUUUGGACGUCCUGAAGCCUAUUGUGACAAAACUAAACUCUACAUCAUCUCCCUUCCCGACCAAGCAGCUGGCGGAAGCCACAAGAACCUUGCUGGAUAGUCUUGGGAGUCUGGCCCAAGAGCUGUUCAGCAUGAAAAGCUGGAGCGACAUGCGGCAGGAAGUGAUGUUUCUGACCAACGUAAACAGCACUGGCUCCUCCACACAGAUAUACCAGGCUGUGUCCCGAAUUGUCUGUGGGCAUCCGGAAGGUGGGGGGCUGAAGAUCAAGUCUCUCAACUGGUAUGAGGACAACAACUACAAAGCCCUCUUUGGAGGCAAUGGCACUGAGGAAGAUGCUGACAGCUUCUAUGACAACUCUACAACUCCUUAUUGCAAUGAUUUGAUGAAGAAUUUGGAGUCUAGUCCACUUUCUCGAAUUAUUUGGAAAGCUCUCAAGCCUCUGCUUGUUGGAAAGAUUCUGUAUACACCUGACACUCCAGCUACAAGGCAGGUUAUGGCUGAGGUGAAUAAGACCUUCCAGGAACUGGCUGUUUUCCACGAUCUGGAAGGCAUGUGGGAAGAGCUUAGCCCCAAGAUCUGGACCUUCAUGGAGAACAGCCAAGAAAUGGACCUUGUCCGGACACUACUGAAUAGCAGAAGCAAUGACCGCUUUUGGGAACAGCAAUUGGAUGGCUUAGAUUGGACAGCCCAAGACAUCAUGGCAUUUCUGGCCAAGUACCCAGAGGAUGUCCAGUCCACUAAUGGCUCUGUGUACACCUGGAGAGAAGCUUUCAAUGAGACCAACCAGGCAAUCCAGACAAUAUCUCGAUUUAUGGAGUGUGUCAACCUGAACAAGCUGGAGCCCAUACCAACAGAAGUCCGGCUCAUCAACAAGUCCAUGGAGCUGCUGGAUGAGAGGAAGUUCUGGGCUGGUAUUGUGUUCACGGGAAUCACUCCAGGCAGCAUUGAGUUGCCCCGGCAUGUCAAGUAUAAGAUCCGAAUGGACAUUGACAAUGUGGAGAGGACAAAUAAAAUCAAGGAUGCGUACUGGGACCCUGGUCCUCGCGCUGACCCCUUUGAAGAUAUGCGGUACGUCUGGGGGGGCUUCACCUACUUGCAGGAUGUCGUGGAGCAGGCAAUCAUCAGGGUGUUGACUGGCACUGAGAAGAAAACUGGUGUCUACGUACAACAGAUGCCCUACCCCUGUUAUGUGGAUGACAUCUUCCUACGGGUGAUGAGCCGCUCAAUGCCCCUUUUUAUGACCCUGGCCUGGAUUUACUCUGUGGCUGUGAUCAUCAAGGGUAUUGUGUAUGAGAAGGAGGCACGGCUGAAGGAGACCAUGAGGAUCAUGGGCCUGGACAAUGGAAUCCUCUGGUUUAGCUGGUUCAUCAGUAGCCUCAUCCCUCUGCUUGUGAGUGCUGGCCUGCUGGUGGUCAUCUUGAAGUUAGGAAACCUGCUGCCUUACAGUGAUCCCAGUGUGGUGUUUGUCUUCUUGUCUGUGUUUGCUACGGUGACCAUCCUGCAGUGCUUCCUGAUAAGCACACUCUUCUCUCGGGCCAACCUGGCAGCAGCCUGUGGGGGCAUCAUCUACUUCACGCUCUACCUGCCUUAUGUCCUGUGCGUGGCCUGGCAGGACUAUGUGGGGUUCACAGUUAAGAUCUUUGCGAGCCUGCUCUCUCCUGUGGCUUUUGGAUUUGGCUGUGAGUACUUUGCUCUUUUUGAGGAGCAAGGUAUUGGGGUGCAGUGGGACAACCUCUUUGAGAGCCCUGUGGAGGAAGAUGGCUUCAAUCUCACCACUGCCGUCUCCAUGAUGCUGUUUGACACCUUCCUCUAUGGUGUGAUGACAUGGUACAUCGAGGCUGUCUUUCCAGGUCAGUAUGGAAUUCCCAGGCCCUGGUAUUUUCCUUGCACCAAGUCCUAUUGGUUUGGUGAGGAACUUGAUCAGAAGACCCACCCUGGUUCCAGCCAGAAGGGACUAUCAGAAAUCUGCAUGGAGGAGGAACCCACCCACCUGAAACUGGGUGUAUCCAUUCAGAACCUGGUGAAGGUUUACCGAGAUGGCAUGAAGGUGGCUGUUGAUGGCCUAGCACUGAAUUUUUAUGAGGGCCAGAUCACCUCCUUCCUGGGCCAUAAUGGAGCAGGAAAGACAACCACUAUGUCAAUCUUGACUGGGUUGUUCCCUCCUACCUCUGGCACUGCCUACAUCCUGGGGAAGGACAUUCGUUCUGAGAUGAGCAGCAUCAGGCAGAACCUGGGGGUCUGUCCCCAGCAUAAUGUGCUGUUUGACAUGUUGACUGUGGAAGAGCACAUCUGGUUCUAUGCCCGCCUCAAGGGGCUGUCAGAGAAGCAUGUGAAAGCAGAGAUGGAGCAGAUGGCCCUGGAUGUUGGUUUGCCACCCAGCAAGUUGAAAAGCAAAACAAGUCAGCUGUCAGGUGGGAUGCAGAGAAAGCUGUCUGUGGCUUUGGCCUUUGUGGGGGGAUCCAAGGUUGUUAUUCUGGAUGAACCCACAGCUGGUGUGGACCCUUACUCCCGCAGGGGAAUAUGGGAACUGCUGCUGAAAUACCGACAAGGCCGCACCAUUAUUCUCUCUACACACCACAUGGAUGAAGCAGACAUUUUGGGAGACAGGAUUGCUAUCAUUUCCCAUGGAAAGCUGUGCUGUGUGGGUUCUUCUCUGUUUCUCAAAAACCAGCUGGGAACAGGCUACUACCUGACCUUGGUGAAGAAAGAUGUGGAAUCCUCCCUUAGUUCCUGCAGAAAUAGCAGCAGCACUGUAUCAUACCUGAAAAAGGAGGACAGUGUUUCUCAGAGCAGUUCUGAUGCUGGCCUGGGCAGUGACCAUGAAAGUGACACGCUGACCAUCGAUGUGUCUGCUAUCUCCAGCCUCAUUAGGAAGCAUGUUUCUGAAGCCCGACUAGUGGAAGACAUUGGGCAUGAGCUGACCUAUGUGCUACCAUAUGAAGCUGCUAAGGAGGGAGCCUUUGUGGAACUCUUCCAUGAGAUUGAUGACCGGCUGUCAGACCUCGGCAUCUCCAGUUAUGGCAUUUCCGAGACUACCCUAGAAGAAAUAUUUCUCAAAGUGGCUGAAGAGAGUGGGGUGGACGCUGAGACUUCAGAUGGUACCUUGCCAGCAAGACGAAACAGGUGGGCCUUUGGGGACAAGCAGAGCUGUCUUCGCCCAUUCACUGAAGAUGAUGCUAUUGAUCCGAAUGACUCUGACAUAGACCCAGAAUCCAGAGAGACCGACCUGCUCAGUGGGAUGGAUGGCAAAGGCUCCUACCAGGUGAAGGGCUGGAAACUCACACAGCAACAGUUUUUGGCUCUUUUGUGGAAGAGACUGCUAAUUGCCAGACGGAGUAGAAAAGGAUUCUUUGCUCAGAUUGUCCUGCCAGCUGUGUUUGUCUGUAUUGCCCUGGUGUUCAGCCUGAUCGUGCCACCCUUUGGCAAGUACCCCAGCCUGGAACUUCAGCCAUGGAUGUACAAUGAGCAGUAUACGUUUGUCAGCAAUGAUGCUCCUGAGGACAUGGGCACCCAGGAACUCUUGAAUGCCCUCACCAAAGACCCUGGCUUUGGGACCCGAUGUAUGGAAGGAAACCCAAUCCUAGACACGCCCUGCUUGGUGGGGGAGGAGGACUGGACCACUGCCCCAGUUCCCCAGACCAUCAUGGACCUGUUCCAAAAUGGGAACUGGACGAUGGAGAACCCCUCCCCUGCUUGCCAGUGCAGCAGUGACAAAAUCAAGAAGAUGCUGCCUGUGUGUCCCCCAGGAGCAGGAGGGCUGCCACCUCCACAGAGGAAACAGAACACUGCUGACACCCUUCAGAACCUGACGGGAAGAAACAUUUCAGAUUAUCUGGUGAAGACCUAUGUGCAGAUCAUAGCCAAAAGCUUAAAGAAUAAGAUCUGGGUAAAUGAGUUUAGGUAUGGCGGGUUUUCCCUGGGUGCCAGUAAUUCUCAAGCACUUCCUCCAAGUCAAGAAGUUAACGAAGCCAUCAAACAAAUGAAGAAGCACUUGAAACUGACCAAGGACAGUUCUGCAGAUCGAUUUCUCAACAGCUUGGGAAGGUUCAUGACAGGUCUGGACACCAAAAAUAACGUCAAGGUGUGGUUCAAUAACAAGGGCUGGCAUGCUAUCAGCUCUUUCCUGAAUGUCAUCAACAAUGCCAUUCUCCGGGCCAACCUGCAGAAGGGAGAGAAUCCUAGCCAGUAUGGGAUUACUGCUUUCAAUCAUCCCCUGAAUCUAACCAAGCAGCAGCUCUCAGAGGUGGCUCUGAUGACCACAUCAGUAGACGUCCUUGUGUCCAUUUGCGUCAUCUUUGCCAUGUCCUUUGUCCCAGCCAGUUUUGUUGUGUUCCUGAUCCAGGAGCGGGUUAGCAAAGCAAAGCACCUGCAGUUCAUCAGCGGGGUGAAGCCUGUCAUCUACUGGCUCUCCAAUUUUGUCUGGGAUAUGUGCAAUUAUGUGGUGCCUGCUACAUUGGUCAUUAUCAUCUUCAUCUGCUUCCAGCAGAAGUCCUAUGUGUCCUCCACCAACCUGCCUGUGCUAGCCCUUUUACUUUUGCUGUAUGGGUGGUCCAUCACACCUCUCAUGUACCCAGCCUCCUUUGUGUUCAAGAUCCCCAGCACCGCCUAUGUGGUACUCACCAGUGUGAACCUCUUCAUCGGCAUCAAUGGAAGUGUGGCCACUUUUGUGCUAGAGCUCUUCACCAACAAUAAGCUGAAUAACAUCAAUGACAUCCUGAAGUCUGUGUUCCUGAUCUUCCCACAUUUUUGCCUGGGACGCGGGCUCAUUGACAUGGUGAAGAACCAGGCAAUGGCUGAUGCACUGGAACGGUUUGGGGAGGAUCGCUUUGUGUCACCACUGUCUUGGGACUUGGUAGGACGAAACCUUUUUGCCAUGGCCGUGGAAGGGGUGGUGUUCUUCCUCAUUACUGUUCUGAUCCAGUACAGAUUCUUCAUUAGGCCCAGACCCGUAAACACGAAGCUUCCUCCUUUGAAUGAUGAGGAUGAAGAUGUAAGGCGGGAAAGACAGAGAAUUCUGGAUGGUGGAGGACAGAAUGAUAUCUUGGAAAUUAAGGAGUUGACUAAGAUCUACCCAAGGAAGAGGAAGCCUGCUGUUGACAGGAUUUGUGUUGGCAUUCCCCCUGGAGAGUGCUUUGGACUUCUGGGAGUUAAUGGUGCUGGGAAGUCAUCCACUUUCAAGAUGUUAACUGGAGACACCAAUGUCACCAGAGGCGAUGCUUUCCUUAAUAAAAAUAGCAUCUUAUCAAAUAUCCAUGAAGUACAUCAGAACAUGGGCUAUUGCCCUCAGUUCGAUGCCAUCACUGAGCUGCUGACUGGGAGAGAGCAUGUGGAGUUCUUUGCCCUCUUGAGGGGAGUCCCAGAGAAAGAAGUUGGCAAGGUUGGCGAAUGGGCAAUUCGGAAACUGGGCCUUGUGAAGUAUGGAGAAAAAUAUGCUGGUAACUAUAGUGGAGGUAACAAGCGCAAGCUUUCAACAGCCAUGGCUUUGAUUGGUGGGCCUCCUGUGGUAUUUCUGGAUGAACCAACCACAGGUAUGGAUCCCAAAGCCCGGAGGUUCUUGUGGAAUUGUGCUCUAAGCAUUGUCAAAGAGGGGAGAUCAGUUGUGCUUACAUCUCAUAGUAUGGAAGAAUGUGAAGCUCUUUGCACAAGGAUGGCAAUUAUGGUCAAUGGGAGAUUUAGAUGCCUUGGCAGUGUCCAACAUCUGAAAAACAGAUUUGGAGAUGGUUAUACUAUAGUUGUACGAAUAGCAGGGUCCAACCCUGACCUGAAGCCUGUCCAGGAGUUCUUUGGACUUGCCUUUCCAGGAAGCGUCCUAAAAGAAAAACACCGGAACAUGUUACAGUACCAGCUUCCAUCUUCAUUAUCUUCUCUGGCCAGGAUAUUCAGCAUCCUCUCCCAGAGCAAAAAGCGACUCCACAUAGAGGACUACUCUGUUUCUCAGACAACACUUGACCAAGUAUUUGUGAACUUUGCCAAGGACCAAAGUGACGAUGACCACUUAAAGGAUCUGUCAUUACACAAAAACCAGACAGUGGUGGAUGUUGCAAUGCUCACAUCUUUUCUGCAGGAUGAGAAAGUGAAAGAAAGUUAUGUGUGAAGAAUUCUGUUCACACAGGAUGGCCGAAAGUAAAGAGGAACUAGAUCUUCCUUUGCACUGUGUCAAGUGUUCCAGAGGGAAGUGCCAGAAGUUGUGGAAAGAAAUAAACUGGAUACUGUACUGACACUAUUCAAUGCAAUGCAAUUCAAUGCAAUGAAAACAAAAUUCCAUUACAGGGGCAGUGCCUUUGUAGCCUUGUCUUGUAUGGCUCUCUAGUGAAAGACUUGAAUUUAGUUUAUUAUCUUAUACUUAUGUGAAACUAGUAUGGAACCCAGUGGGUUUGCAGUCAUACUUUUUUGUUCCUGUGUAUUCUCACUUGGAUUGCAACAAAAAUUCAUCAAAUAAUCAUGGCCAGUGAUUAUCAAAAUCAAGGCAUGUAACCCUCAUCCACUAAGCUGUGCCAUGUCAGGAGACUGAUUUCCCGGUGACACAUCCAUUGCUGGCAAUGAGUGUGCCAGAAUUACUAGUGCCAACUUGCUCAGAAAGUUUGAAGCACCAUGGUGUGUCACAUGCACUGAUGUGAAAGCUACCCUGCUCAGAGUCUAUCAACAUCAUUGAAUAUCAGGUGACAAAAUGGUGCCAUGUGUGACUAAAGUCCUUCUUUGAUCUCUUUGAUGAGCUGCUAUGGUGGCUGAAACAUGCAAAAAUAUGAAUAUCUCUAGACACAUAUUUUCCCAUGCUUGAAGUCAUGGGUCUCUGGGAUCAUCUUCCUGGGACUGCUUAAAUACAUUUAGAUCUUGAUAAGAAACAAAGGAUCAGCAGUCAAACUGCUAAGGGACUGCAGGCUGCUGAGGUCAGGGCACAGGAUAGAAGAGAUGAUGCAUUCAAAGGUAGGGAAAGUCUGUGCCCAUGUGUCCUGAUUGUCUGCUAAUACGGUACACUGCAUCUCACAAUCUUUUUCUUAUUUGAAACAAGUGUAGUAGUAUUUCUGGCUUUUUUUUGGUCAAUCUAGAAAACAAAAAGAGUUGUAUUUUGACAAAAAUCUUUAUACUAUUAAUGUCAUAGGGAAUUUUAAGUUCUGUCACUUACUUGCUGAAACCUUGGAAUGGCCUCUUUGUUUGAACCCUGUGGUAUAGAGGAAUUUGGCCACACUGCCUCACUAGCUUUAUUUGCCUAAAGUUUGUAGUUGGAACAUCUGACUAGUGCCAGUGACCAGAAAACAAUGUGAUGGUCAAGAUCUCAGGCCCUGAUAUUUGAAUUUUUUUGAGAUCACAUAGAAUACUCAGGAUCAGUUCAUCAAUUAAGUGUUUUUUGAGUGUAUGUUGUCUCUGAAUCAAUAUAUAUGUAUGGAUAGGGAUGAGGAGAAAUUGUCAGAUUUCCUGUGUCAUGUUAUAACUGGUUACACAUAUAGGUUGUUUUGCUGAUUUUAUGGAAGCCCACUGAAAGAGUAUUGGCUAGCCUUUUUUUUUUUUUUCAUAGCAACAAUGAAAAAG